ACAGACACGCAGCUGCGGGAAUUACUGUAAUUCCCACAUGACCCUCCAAUGUCACCUCCAGACGCGGGGCUGCGAUGUCGUCUUUCCUAGAAAGCUUUGCCUGAUCGCAAUAAUCACUUUCGCCGUUUCAUUACCGAACUGCGUUCAUCACCAAAACAGCACGCAUUUGUUUGUUUUCUUGCAAGUGCUGCCAGCUACGUCGCUCGACAUGGACUUCAGCGUUAAAAGACUCGCCUCCGACGCCGGCACUUUCCUCAGUCGCGCCGUGCAGUUCGCCGAGGAAAAACUGGGACAGGCGGAAAAAACCGAGCUGGACGUGCGCUUGGACAAUCUCCUGGCCAAGGCAGACAUCAGCAGGCGGUGGACGGACAGGUUAAUAAAGCAGACUGAGGUGGUACUUCAGCCCAAUCCGGGACUAAGAAUGGAGGAACUUUUAUACGGAAUGCUGGAGAGGGAAGCCCCGAGGCACACGAGUAACCACGAGCAGCUGGGCGAGUGCAUGAUUGACGCGGGCCACGAGUUGGGCCCUGGGAGUCCGUACGGAAAGGUACUGAUAAAAUGCGGGGAGAUGGAGAAGCAGAUCGGCGGAACGCAGAGGAAGUUAAUUCAGGGCGUGACUGUCGGCUUCCUAACCCCCCUGAGAAACUUCGUUGAAUGGGACUCGAAAACCGUCCUGAAAGAAGGGAGGCUGCUGGAGAACAGGAGGCUGGACCUGGAUGCUGCCAAAACCCAGCUGAAGCGAGCCAGGACAGCCGACGCCCAACAUUCCCGGCUAAACUCCGCCCCCCUGCCCGGAGAGGAAUACAGAGCGCAGUUCUCCUACAUGUUCAGCUUUCUGCACGUAAAAUGGAUGAAGAUGUGGACAACAGAAGUAGCACAGGCCGAGGCCCAGCUGAGGAAGACGCAGGACGAUUUCGAUCGGCAGGCAGAAAUCACCAGACUCCUGCUGGAAGGCAUCAGCAGCACGCAAGCAAACCAUCUCUCCUACCUUAAAGACUUUGUGGAAGCCCAGACUGCUUACUAUGCUCAGUGCCAUCAGUACAUGGUGGACCUCAAGGUACAGCUGGGAAGUGUUAUUUCCAGUGACAAGCGGCCAUCAUCGUGUCCAGUGACCGAUGCCACCCUGCCCACCCUCCCGGAGCCGGCUGCCCACCCCCCACAUCUCCCACCACCAUCCUCGCCCCCCUCUCCCCAGACGGGGCCCAGUGCUGCUUCCUGACCUGGAGGUGGAGUUCAGAAGGCGACAGCGGUAUCUGUCCGUCGGAGGACGAGGUGGGGGUCGCUUUCAGGGACCGCGAGCUGCAGCGCCCCCUGCAGCUGACCCAAUAACCCAGGCAAGGUGUAAUGUGGACGCACAUCGCUGUUCGCUAACACGGAACGCACCUGCUAUGAUGCCGCAGCUGGCGCCAAUAUCAUGUGACAAAAGGAUUAUGUCAUGUGACAAAAGAAUGAUAUCAUGUGACAAAAGGAUUAUGUAAUGUGACAAAAAAAAAUGUACAGCAGUCACCUCUUGUACAGUUAACAGUUGACCGUAACCCUCAAUGCCUUCGGUGUGCUUUUCAAACAGAAGACUUGUGAACAUGAACCAGUUUGGAGGAGGUUGAAUACUUUUAGGUAAAGCUUCACGUGAACUAGCGGGCAAUAGUGGACCUUAUGAAAGUGAGGCGUUUCCGCGAGACGUACAGUUUGACACGUCAUGAGUCCUGCUGUAAUAUGUGCCAAGAACUUCAAUGGUUAAUACACUAGCAGCAAAAUUUAUGGAAACACUUCCAGUUUUUAGAGACUGCAAAGUAUAUUCCGCUGUUGCUUCAAUGUUCGAUUAAAUAAUUAACUGAAGCACCUGGAAUAAAGGUCUAUAAUCUGUAAGAAUUGUACGUGUGUAUCCACAAUCCUGGCCACUGGUGUACAUUAGAUGUUGCGUUAUUGUGAUUUCAAUAAACAUUAAUACUGCUAAAAUA